UGGAAUCAGUCUAUUCAAACAUGCCUGUUCUGAAAAGGCAUAAACAGCUAAAAAAGAGUGUUGACUAUCAGUCUUCAUCACUAGACUCAAGAAAUAAAACACCUAUUUUAAACACCGAAACUUCUGGGAAAAUUCACUUGAGCAGCAAAUAAGAACUCAUUGAACAAAGCUAAGAAAGCAAAGAUAAGUAGAAACAAUCGGCAUUUACGAAAUUUAAGUAAUCAGAUCAAGACUAAUAAAGACAGCAAAUUUCUCCCAUAUUCAUCCUCCAGCAACCAAAUUCCAAAUAUUCCAAAAUCAAAAUAGCAGAAAGUACUCCUUCGGAAAAGGAGAGGCAUCCAGAUACCUCUAAACCUCAACAGAAGAUCAGUGCAAAUAAAUAACGGAGGAUCACUUGAAACGAUUUCAAAUAAUAAAAAUGUUGACCGUAUCCCUCUACUCAACCCAAUGUCUGAAAAGUCAAGGAGCAAAAUUAAAAACAAGCUUAGACCCUUCUUCCGCAGGAACAGACAUGAAACUAUCACUCUCGAUAUGAAAAAUAAGCCUCUAGGAGUUAAAGCCAAAACGCCUGCGAGUAACCGAAGACUUUUUGAACAAAAAGAUGCUAAGAAAUUCCUCAAAAAUCUUAAGAACAGAAGCAGACAGCUCCACAAAGGAAGUCUUAUUCAUAUGGAGAAUCAGCAGUCCCAAGCAAAAUCGAUAUCAGCCUUAUCGGUCUCUAAAACACUGACAAGGAAUACAUUUAAUCCUGAGGCUCAGGCAUCAAAUCUGAAGUAUAAGCCUAGAGCAAAAUCAGAUUGCAGGUAUUCUAUACCUCAGAAGGUAGUGCCCUUACAGAACCAGGUUGCGAAGUACUCGUAUGCUACCAAGAAAGGUAUCAGUAUGAAGAAAAAUAUCCCUCCAAAAUCCAGUGAGAACCAGGACUCAUAUAUCGCAUCAGCUAGACUCUUCGAUUGUAAUUACAUGCACUUCUUUGCAGUCUGAGAUGGCCAUGGAGCUAAUGGCGAUAAGGCCAGCGGCUUUUUGAAGAAUAAACUCCCAGAGGAAUUAAAAUAAGGAACUAAAAUCAGACCCAAUACCCAAAAAUGAGGCAAUGAAAGGUCAAGAUUUGACCCAACUUACUGAGCAAGGAAAGUAUCCUCAGAGCCAAGAUGUGUACAAUGCAAUAGUCAAUUCUUUCCUUGAAAGUAACGGACAGCUUAUUAACCAAGAAUUUGACACCAAAUUCUCAGGAAGUACCUGAUGAUCAUUACUCAUCAUUGGUAAAAGAAUAUACUGAGGAAACGUAGGAGACAGCAGAUGUAUCUUGAUUAGAAUUCCCAAUUUAAAAGACCAAGCGACCCAUAAAGAGCAGAACCCGUAUUCUAACUCAAAUAGCAUGGAAGAAUCGGGAGAGGAGGUUAAAGAGCUCCAGAUCACAGUUCUUGAGCUCAGUAGAGAUCACAAACCAGAAAAUAAAGAUGAAAAGGAACGAAUAGAAUCUAAUGGAGGAGAAAUCCAACCAUAUCUCAAUGAUAAAGGCAAGCAAGUAGGUCCAAUGAGAGUGUGGGUAAAAUAGCCAGAAUUUCCCAGGAUUAGCUAUGUCAAGAUCUUUCGGAGAUCAAGUCGCUUCCUAUGUGGGGGUCUCUGUAUAUCCUGAGAUUAAGGAAACAACACUCACUCCUGAUGAUGCCUAUGUAAUCAUAGCAAGUGACGGUGUCUGGGAGUUCAUGGAAAAUAGAGAAGUAGCAGAAAUUGUAUAUGAGUAUUAUGCACAAGGGAAUGCAGAAAGAGCUGCUGAAGAAAUUGUUAGAGAGGCAUUCAACCGAUGGAAAAAAAACGAAGUCAUCAUUGAUGAUAUCACCUGAAUAAUUCUUUUCCUUGAUGUUAAAAAUUAAAAUCAAG